UAUAAUAAGUAUUUACUAUUGGUUGUUCCUUUUUCAGGAAACAACUUCAAUGAUAGCAGUACACCAGAGGAAGCAGAACGAAGAAUCUGAAAGGAAAAAGGAAGUAUUCAGGAAAAAGUGGGAAGCCAAAACAACAGAAGAUGCUGCAAAACAUCUGCAGCGGUUUGCGUUGAUGGCGAAACCACCAGCACAAGUUUCACAGCAAACAUUGACACCAUCUGGAUUUACGUCGACAGAAACAAGUUCAAACCAGAACCAAUGCCAUCAAGGUACCCAGGUGUACAUCAAACCAGCCAAGGUAUACUACCGGUCAAAGGCCGUCAAUGUGCGUAGUACAUAUUGGGGUAACAACAAAGGAAUGCAAACGGAUUUGAUCAAGGUUCAAACAAAGGACUCGUGGACACAAUAUGAGGAUCCAUCCAGCCAGGCAAAUGUAGCAGACACAGCUGGAGAUGUUGAAGCAGACACAGACAUGGAAGUGGGGCCUCCGGAGGAAGAAGAUGAUGUCAGACCGGAAGAAGAUGACAAAACAAAGGAUCCUGACUACAGUCCACUGGAUGAGCUUGGUGAUGCUGGAACCUGUAAACCAGCAUUGACUUCUGACAUGUAA